AUGGUCCUAAUAACAACCUCAAUCGAAAUCGCCGCACCUCCCUCCCGGGUGAGAGAAGUCUUCAACGACUUCGCCUCAUGGCCCACCUGGACGACCGGCAUGAUCAAAGCCGUCUCCUCGCACAAAUCCGGCACGGAAGUAAAAGUCGGCGACACCCUCGAAGUCGUGCUCGAAGGCAUGACAAUCGAGCCCACUCUCCUCGUCAACUCCGGCUCCAAGUUCGAAUGGCGAGGCAGUGCAUUGGGGUUGUUUAUGGGAGAUCACGGGUUCACGUUCAAGGGGAGUGAGAUUACGGCGGGAGGUACGACGUUUGUGCACGAGGAGAAUUUUUAUAGAUUGUUGGGAUUGAUGAUGAUGUUGCCGUUGGGGUUUCAUGGAAGUACGAAGAAGGGGUUUGAGAAGUUUAAUGAUGAUUUGAAGAGGAGAGUGGAGGGGGAGGGGAAGUAG